AUGUUCAAUUCGAUUACUAGCUGUCAUCCCAGUCGUCCAAAGUCUGUUGAACUUCAAGCUGCUCGCUAUGUGGACUCUGGGCUCGCCGCGGUCGACCGGGAACGCUCCUACAACUCAUGGUCAUUUAUUGAGUUGGAUGUUGCGUUAAGCUUUGCAGUGCCUGCGGAAACAAAUUGGGCAAGGCCCCUUGAAGCCGAUGCUUCUGGUCUGUGCAAUGUAUUUGUAAGUAUAUCUAGUGGUCCGAUGGUUCAUUACGAGGAUACCGAGGACGUCAAGCGCGAGUCAAGGCUGACCAUGGACGGUGUUUCCUCGCUAGGUAGAUUUCUCGCGGGUUUAGCGGGAAUAUGCCCGCGUGUGCAAAUCGAGAUCAUCUAUCACCUUGGGGACUGUCUUGCAAGCGGAAAGAACAUGACCUACUUAGCUGUCCUGUCGUGCUUUUUGCAGCACCGAUUCGGAACUAAUUCAUCCAGCGGAGAGAACUUGUCGGAGACCAAGCAUGCUCUCGCGAAAGAUCUUCUGUACGUUACGGCCAUGCUUUCACGCACUGAUAAGGCAGAGUUGUCCGAUGCCCUCCGGUGA